AUGCUGGAUCCAAGCAAAGAAAAUGCCGGCGAAAGCAAUGGAGCAAGUCUCAAGAAGUCUGUUGACGCUGGUGAUGAUCUCAAAAAUGUAUUCUGUUACAGUGGAGUCUGUCCGGAGUGUAGCAAGCACCUAGGAAAGAAUUUAUCUGCGCACCUGUUUGAUGUACAUAGUCACACUAAAGAGGAGAUAGCCAAUCUACAAGCCGCAAAGCGACGAAAAAUACUUGGAGAACAGAAUUAUUUGUGUGAUAGUUGCGAAACUACAUUCGCCACGAAAAAAAACUUACUAGAGCAUAAUAAAAUGGAACACGCAUCCCGAAGAAAAAUCUCAUGUCCCUUAUGUGGAACUCCAAUAAAUGACCACCACGACCUUGUAAUACAUGCAAACGCAGUGCACGCUUCAGGAGACCGAACCUUCAGUGUGGAAACCAUCAGCUUUAACAGCAAAUCUGCUUUUCAAGACUGGAAGCAUGCUCUAGAAGAGGAAGAGACUACUAGGUACGCUGUCCAUUCGAAGAAGAAAGGAACAGAUGGAGACAUUACAUACAUGCGAUGUAGUAGAGCCGAGCCUGGCCCAUCUUACAUAGAGAAGUGCUCAAAUUCAAAAAAAACGGUCUUGUAUUGCACAGCUUAUAUGAAGGUGACGGAAAAUGAACGGACUAUCAACGUAGAAUUCUGCCGCACGCAUUGCGGCCAUGAGCCCGAUGCUGCACUGCUGACAAUGGACGCCAGUGCUGAGAAACAAAUCCUCUCCUACCUAAGAAAUGGAUUCACGUAUAAGCAAGUGCUAAGUCAAAUUCGGGAGCGAUGUCGAAAUUCAAACAAUUUGAGUUGCCGGUUGUAUUUCACUACAUCGCGAGACGUGCGAAGAAUUGCAUUGAAACACAAUCUAGAUCCAGCACGUAGACAUAGUAUCGACAUUUUGUCGCUUGAAAUGCGCAUCGGAGAACACAACCCCGACGAUGGGAUACGGCAUUAUACAGCAGCAACAGAUGCAAGCGGCGAUAACUUCUCUCUUGUGAUUGUGACGCCGAUACAAAAAAUUUGGUUGGAAAGCUAUGCAAAACGCGCACUUUUGAUGGACGAUACUUUCAACCUUACACCGUACUCACUGCGACUAGCUUCCGUAGUGGUCCUAGACGAAUGGGACAUGGGGUUGCCAGCGGGAUUUUUGCUUUCCUACAGAAUGACAGAGAACGAAGUUAGUAUACUCUUUCAAGAAAUUGUGCAUCUACUUCCCCAGUUUGAUACAGCAUAUUUCAUGUCGGAUGACAGUAAUUCAUUUUACAAUGGAUUCAUAAAAGUUGUUCCUCAGUCAUCAGCGAAAAAACUAUUGUGCACAUUUCAUGUCCUUCAGAGCAUAAAGAGAUAUUGCAAAAAUCUCAAAAAGCCGAGUCUUACAUCUACCGUAAUGGGUAAAAUGUCAGAACUUUGCAAGAAUCCGGAUCGUGAUUUCGAUAAUUACGCUUCUCUACUGUGCCUAUUGCGACAAAAUCGCGAAGAAAGUAUGGUUCAGUACUUCGAGCGGAACUGGAGAUUGAAACAUGAAUUUAUUCAAACGAAAUCAAGUGUAAGAAUUGAUUCGCUGGUCGACUUGCUAAUCAAUCUAGUCCCCUGUAUGGAAGAGGACAGAAGGAUAAAAAUGGCCAGGAACGUUCGCGAAGGACGGCACAGACUUGCAGAGCAGCACAAGAGGCAUGCCAACGCAAUUAAGACGUACUGCGAUGGACACGUUACAUCCCAUGUAGAAAGCCCUGGAUCUUGGCUAGUAUGCGAAAGAAAUCACACAUAUCAUGUCAAGCAGAUGCCAUGCGAUUGUGACGAAGUUCUUAACAACCAUUGCUACAAUUGCAAGGCCUGCGGAUACGGUUUCAAAUGCACUUGCUUGGAUGACCACACAGCCGGCGUUUCGUGCAUUCAUGUGCACAUGGCACUCGUUUAUAGUCCUGAAGGAAUGGUGACGUAUUCGCACAUGGUAGAAGGAGAGGUUGUUACUGCCACGGAGUCGGAUGAAGCCGAGAUGCCGGCGAUUUCGGAAAGGGAAGUCCGGGACAGCGCCCUCGUAACAGAGACAUCGGACACAUGCAAAGAGCUUGUGCAGGCGAUCACUGCUGAAAUGGCCGCGAUAAGAAUGAAGGUAAUCGCACUCUUGAAGGAACCGGGCGAGGACGUACGUACUCAGCUGAUGUGUGUGAAGAGUCAGCUUGAAGACAUCAACAACAAUUUGAGAUAUGAGGGAGCCACCCUCGCAAGGCGAUUAGACGCCAACCCAAACGGCAUGGCAGGAAGUGAGAAAUCAGGAGAGUUCGGAGCAGUUGGCCAUCGACCGGUGACGAUCGCUAGCGUUCAUAUUGAGGAAAAUCAACAGUUUACGUCAACAGUCUUUUCAUCGCACAAAGACACUCGUGGUUAA